GACCGCGGAUAUAAUCGUUUCCCGCGUUCGAUGAUGAAGAGAAUAAGUGAAGGCAGAAUUGCUGCGAUGUGGAUGGUAGUGACAGAGGCUUUGGUUGCGUUGGCGCUGAUUUUGGUUGCGGAAGGGACGGAAGGGACGGAUACGAACGAUGUAUACAGUCCUUGUUUGGAUGCGAAGAUUCAGAGAUCAGACGGAUUUACUUUUGGCGUAGUGUUUUCGUCGAAGGAAUUGUUCUUUCAGGAUAAUAUUCAGUUUUCGCCUUGCGAUAAGCGUCAGGCUUUGACAUUCAAAGUUGCUCAACUUGCUGUUUUCAGGCCUAAAGUCGACCAGCUCACUUUCCUCACCAUCAAUAGCACAGCCUUCAAUCCGGCUACGUAUGAUGGCUAUAUGGUGGCAUUUGCUGGGCUGAAGUAUGCAGCAAGGUCUCUCCCAGUGAUGGUUACUGAUAACGCUCACACCAUUACCAGUUUCACUUUGGUUUUUGAAUUUCAAAAGAGCACUCUUCAAAAUCUGUUCUGGAAGAAAUUUGGGUGUGAUAAAUGCUCUGGGGAUUUUUCAACUUGCCUGGAUAAACAAGACUGUGCAGUUCCCAGCUCCAAAUGCAAGUACAAUGGUGGUUCAAUUGACUGCAAUUUAGGCAUACAACUAGCAUUUUCAGGGACAGACAAGAACCUCCAAGUCCUCGACUCCUGGUUUGAAGUUAACCAUCUCAGACGCUUCUCCCUCUAUAAACUUUUCUCCGACGUUCGCGAUAAGAUCACCAAUCUGUUCCAGUGAGAAUCUUUUAUAUCUUCAGCUCUGUAGGCAAGGAUCCAAUAUGAGUUGUGAUCUGCACAUGUCAAGAUGGCUUAUUCAUUGGAAAGGUUAUGUUGUCAUUGGUCCAUGCUCUGUAACUGUACAAUCUUGAAGAUUCAAUCUAUAUAUAUAGAGAGAGAGUUAAAAUGUA